AUGACUAAUUUGGAGAAAAGCAUGGAGUCCCUGAUUAUGGUUUUCCACCACUAUGCCAGUGAAGACAAGGAUGGGAAGACCUUAAACAAGAAAGAACUGAAAAAAUUAAUUCAGAAUGAGUUACCCUCCUUCCUGAAAAGCCAGAAAAACGCAAAUGUCGUGGACUCGAUCAUGAAAGAUUUGGACCAAAACAAAGAUGACAAGUUGGACUUUGAGGAAUUCAUCCCACUCGUCGUCGGCCUCUCGAUGGCCUGUGAGAAGUGUUACGUGCUGCACGAAAAGAAGGGCACGAAGUGAGGGGAAAAUAUUCGGGCAAAAAAUGAUGCAGAUAUUUGUUCUAGUAGCACAAACAAGAUUUACAAAUAAAACUACCCUUGACGAGA